AUGGAGGGACUAGAUACGCUCCAGCGCGUCACGAGUCAACUACCAAUAUGCGGCUACCAAGAUGUUAAACCACUUGGCCUCCGCUGGCGCUCAAACACUCUUUUCAUCAUCAGCACUGUAGCCGUGGGCUUGUUCACGGAUCUCUUUCUCUAUGGUCUCAUCGUACCGGUCCUACCGUUCAUGCUCAAGGAUCGCGUGGGCCUUCCUCAGGACCAGGUGCAAACCCACACCUCAGUAUUACUGGCACUUUAUGCUGCCGCAUCCGUCGUCUUCUCCCCUGUGGCGGGCGUCUUUGCGGACAGGAUGACGUCCCGCCAGCUGCCAUUCCUCUUUGGUCUCGUCGCGCUGCUGCUGGCCACCAUCAUACUGGCAAUAGGCCAGAGUAUAGCGGUACUCGCCAUCGCCCGCAUCCUACAGGGUGUCAGCGGCGCAGUUGUCUGGACGAUUGGUCUUGCCAUGUGUAUAGAGACAGUCGGCCCGGAGAACCUAGGUAAAACUAUCGGAACGAUCUUCAGCAUCAUUUCCGUGGGCACGUUGGCAGCGCCGGUCCUAGGCGGGAUCUUAUACGACAAGACCGGCUACGAAGGCGUCUUCGGCGUCGGUGUAGCUUUCCUAGCCAUCGACUUCAUCAUGCGGCUACUAGUCGUCGAGAAAAAGAUCGCCAAGCGGUACGAGAGCAAGGAUGGCGAGCGUCAACAAGACGAAGAAGAAGGACCAGAUACCGAAGAAACGCCUCUACUCAGCAGCUCCGAGAACUCGAAAUAUAAGCUCCCAGAAACACGCUCGAGGAUCGUCAGAGCAGUGCCCAUCCUCGCCUGCAUUACCGACCGCUCCAUCCUAGCCGCUCUCCUCGUCUGCCUCAUCCAAGCCACCCUCCUCGGCUCAUUCGACGCAACUAUCCCGACCAUUGCCUCGGACUACUACGGCUUUGACUCCCUGCACGACGGCCUGCUUUUCCUCCCACUCGGCGCAGCUGACCUCAUCGUUGGCCCAAUCGCCGGCUGGGCUACCGACCGCUUCGGCACUAAAGUUGUUGCAGCAGUAGGCUACUUCUACCUCGUACCCGUUUUGAUCCUCCUGCGGCUCCCGCACCCAGGCGACAUCAAGCAAGUCAUCUUCUAUGGCGCCACGCUGGCGCUUUGCGGCGUAGGCGAGGCGAUCGUCGGCGCACCGUCAAUCGUCGAAGCAGGUGCUGUGGUGCAGAGGUAUCACAGGGCCAAUCCGGGCUUCUUUGGUGAGGAGGGCCCGUAUGCUCAGCUGUAUGGCGCCAAUUCUAUGGUAUUUAGUGCGGGACUUACGCUUGGACCGCUGGUUGCGGGUGGGCUGAAGGAUAAGAUUGGGUAUGGGAAUAUGAAUGCGGUGAUUGCGGUGGUUUGUUUUGUCACGGCUGUGGUGUCGUUCUUGUUUAUUGGAGGUAAGCCGAGCUUGCCGUGGAGGUCAUGGUCGAGGUGA